AUGUUAAGGUAUCGUUACCUGCGAUUGCACUGCUGGAGAAGCAUUUUGCAUUGGUAUGAUCUGAUUCACCUCCAAGGAGACUUUAUGCACAUCCCAGGUGCUGAACAAAAAAAGGUCAAGUUUUUUUCAGGAAAAAAGUUCGCACACCCCAGAUAGCAAAGGGGCGUUGAGGGGUGUUGAAUCCACGUUUGUUUGAAGCGGCGGAGGUUGAUUCAACGUGGAUUCAACGCCCCUGUGCUAUCUGGGACUCCUUGGUACUCUUUUGUUGAGUUUAAUUUCUCAUUAUUUGGCACAUGACGUUUUGACCUUGCGGUCUUCCUCAGAUUCACUUGCAAACACAGGCUUGGUACAUGAUCUAAAUCACCUGUCUAGAGGGGUGGAGUCAGCUCAGUGAUUCAUUAACCCUUGCAGGUACACCAUGCAAGCUUGUGGCGUGACUAAAGCCAAAUAAAAACAUUAGAUAAAACCUUAAACUUUGUACAAUAACACAAACAGAUGUCUGAAGAUACAUUCAUCUAUAAUAAAUAGAGUUCAUCAUGUAAAAUUCAGUCAUCAAUGCAAAUACUCUUCACAGUCCAUAUUAGAGGAAAGGUCUAAUGUCCAAAUCUCCAUUGAGCCCCCUUGGGGCCAAGGUUCCCAGGUGGUGGAUCCAGAAGGCCUCUCUUUUUAGAAGCACAGAUUGUCUGUGCUUCUAAAAGCACAGACUCUGCUGUGUUGUUUUACAUGUUCUAUCCCAAUAAAUCUCAAGGUUGAGAGUGGGUGUCCUGAUUGGUUAAAGUGAACCGCCAGAGGGCUCUUUUCAUUGUUGUUUCUGAUGUUACUCCUAUGUUCACUUAUUCUUAUAUUCAGGGCCUGGCAUGUUUUACCUACAUAGGCUUUCCCACAGGGCCAUUUGAUCAAGUAAACCACAUUGGUAGUGCUGCAUGUGAUUUUACCUUCAACAUGUAAAUUCUUUCCUGUUGUUGGGUGGGUGAAGGAGUGACAUUUAUAUGUGAAGCUGUCUUGUGCACAACGGCCACAAGGGUAAUUUCCAUCUGGAAUGUCGCUUAGAAAAUGUUGUGGUGUUGGCGCUGGUGGACAGUCUGCCUUCACUACAUAGUCCCUGAUGUUGCGUGGCCUCUUGUAGAUAAUCCUUUGGGGGCGCCUGGAGGCUUUUUGGGCAUGUGGGGUCUGACUGUAUUAUAUGCCAAUAUUUUAGCACCACUUGUUUGAUCUGUCCCGCCACUGGUGAAUAAUCCAAAAUGCAUUGAACCUGCCUUUCUGUUUUCUUACAGUGAGAUGGGCUUUCAAGUUGGGUAACGCCCCUUACCUUGUUUGGUAUGAUCUGAACCAUAGACUGUAGGCUAUAUAUAUAUAGAACAGUCUAACUGCAGUCACACGCAGUGUGAAUUCUGAGGAGUUGUUAUGAGUAACAUGCUCAGUUGCUGCUUUUGUUUUGUUUACAAUGUGUUGGUCUGAAUUGUUUAUCUGUUAUAGCAUAUCUGUGGUUUCUCCAUGCUGGCUGUUCCCAUGUCAGUGUUGGCUAACACCCUCUUGAAUGUACCUCAUGCUCACUGUCCCCAUGUCAGUGUUGGCUAACACCCUCUUGAAUGUACCUCAUGCUGGCUGUUCCCAUGUCAGUGUUGGCUAACACCCUCUUGAAUGUACCUCAUGCUCACUGUCCCCAUGUCAGUGUUGGCUAACACCCUCUUGAAUGUACCUCAUGCUGGCUGUUCCCAUGUCAGUGUUGGCUAACACCCUCUUGAAUGUGCCUCCAUUCUCAGCUUCUCACUCCUUAUGGAUGAAGUCAACAUACAUCAAAGGAAGAACUCCAUUUCCAGAAUUCUCAGCAUAUAUGAUGUUGGAUGAUAUUGUGUUUGGGUACUAUGAUUCCAAUAAACACAAAUUAUUAUACACAUUCAUUCAUAAAGCCUUAAACAGCAGUGUUGAUGAAGAUGAAAUGGAUUAUGUUGGAUCCAUUAUUGGAUAUGUACAUGGACGCCUGAAAGAUCGAGCAUCUUAUCUGAGCAAGUAUUUCAACCACACAAAUGAGAUUUACACUUAUCAGAGAGCUGCUGGAUGUGAACUACUGGGCGACGAUAAACCAGGAUUGAUGAUUAGUACAGAUGCUUACAAUGGAGAGACUGUUGAAGGAAAGUAUUUUGAUGUAGAUCAUGAAGCUCUUCACUUUAACCGGAAGUGGACAAACAGUGAGAGUGCAUUAUGGACUCCAAAGUUGAAUGGCCCUUCUAUGUACAAAUUUGUAUAUCAACCCAACUGUAUCAAAUUUCUCAAAAAGCAUCUAGCCAAAGAUAGGAAUCGAGUGCUGAAAAAAGUGAAGCCCAGAGUCAGGCUCCUCCAGAGUGAAAAGAAGGGCUCAACUGGUGUUCUGUUGACCUGUCUGGCCACUGGUUUCUACCCCCGUCACAUCAACCUGACCCUGCUCAGAGACGGCCAGUCUGUGUCUGACCACCAGAUCACUGGGGGGGAGCUGCUACCUAAUGGAGAUGAGACGUACCAGAUGAGGAAGAGCCUGGAGGUCAGCGCAGAGGAACUACAGCAUCACCACUACACCUGCACAGCUGAACACCUCAGCCUGGACAACAAGCUGGACAUUGAUUUGGCAGAGGGUGAUUGGGACUUGGGAACUACGGCCAUCGCAUCCUCUACACUGGUGGCUGUGUGUGUGUGUUGCCUGGUAGGAGCCACCGGCUUCUUUAUCAGAAAGAAAACAACGAAAGAUAAGGACUCCCAGACUGCUGUGUCGAGUAACUACUCAGCUGCCUCAAGCACAGAUGAUUCAGAGAAGGCUGAAGAAGUCUACCCAUUGAACUCAGUUUGCCCACCCAUGUGAUGGUGUUUGUUUGGAUUUGUUUAGUGUUCUCCCUGUUUAUAGCUCUGGCUCCACCUGCUGUCUGAUCAAGGUAUGACAGUGGAUCACCUGCAUCACAACUGUGUCCUCUCUGUUCCCAUGGUAACAUACUGAACUGCUACACCUUGCUACGCGCAGUGAUUGUGCUGCAUGCUGAAGAGGAUAGUCAGUGUUCAGUUGCUAAUUCAUAAUGUGAAAUGUUUGUGAAAUUUAAAAUCGUGUGCAAAAGCAAACAUUUGCAUAUAGCAAUCUGAAUAUGCUUGUAUAUGCAUUGCGUAAGCUACUAAAUAUUAUCCUAUAUUAGUCCUAUAUUAUUUUCUGUUCAAAAACAAAAUUAUCAGUUUUUAAAAAAAAAAUAUAUUUUACAAUUAUGUCAUGAAGCAGAUGUGUAUGCAUAUCAAAAUGUGAUGCAUAUUAUUGAGUGUGCAUAUGUACAGCUGCAAUAUCAUGUUUAUUGUUUUACACGGCUUACACCGUUUACUGUUUUAUUUUACACAGCUUUGUUCAAAAUCCAUUAAAGGAAAUGGGAUCAUUUUCA